AUGCAAGUUGUGGCAUAUGUCGGCGUUACGAAUAUCUUUCUCUUGACACUAUUCAUAUGUGCGCUUGUCCCAUCUUCUGGCGAUCACAUGGAUCCAGCCAUCACCUUUGCGACGGAUACCACUGGCCUUACCGGAUUCUCGAGAGGGAUGCUGUAUAUAAUAGGACACACUACAGGAGCAGCACUUGCGGCAGGCGUGAUUAGAGGAAGCUUAGGAGAGUAG